AAGUCCAAAUGUCAGCUCGCAAGCUUGAGCUUUGAUUCCGCCGACAGCAACAAAACAAUUUGGUGAUGGAUGUCAUUGGCAAACGGGUCGCUCCGGACAAACUUGUUUGUGAGCGUUGAGGGCGGCAAGAAAAUGAACGUUGAAACAAAAAGCCAGAGACCAGGUAGCACAGCCACUUCAAGUCAUCGCUGCUUGACAAGACAUGGCGCCCCUUUGCUUCUUGCUGCUCCUCCUGGGCUUCUCCUCGGCCGCUGAGUUCUACUCUUCCAUAGAUCACAUGACGGAGCUGCUGCACACGGAGCAGGACCUGUUGGCCUCGCUGGAGGACUACGUCCGAGCCGAGGAGUACAAACUGGAGGUGGUCAAAAGGUGGGCCCGGAGGCUGUCCAACCUGUCGGCGUUGGCCAUCCGGGACCCCGAAGUCUUCCUCGGCCACCCCGUCAACGCCUUCCAACUUCUCAAGAGGCUGAACCGGGAGUGGCGCGACCUGGAGAGCCUGGUGCGCAGCGACGUGGCCAACGCUUUCGUGGCGCGCCUGAGCGCCAAACGGGAGCACCUUCCCGGCGAGGACGACCAGACGGGCGCGGCCGAAGCCCUCCUGAGGCUGCAGGACACCUACCAGCUGGACAUCGACACCCUGGCCAAAGGCCAGCUGCCGGGAACCUCGGCGCUCCCGAGCGCCCUGACGCCGGACGACUGCUUCGACCUGGGCUUGGCGGCGUACAAGGAUGACGACUUCUACCUCACCGAGAUGUGGAUGUCUCAGGCUAUCGGGCAGAUGGAGCGGGCCGAGCAAGCCGGGCAAGCCGGGCAGCCCCUCGGCGUCAGCCCCGUCACCAUCCUGGACUACCACAGCUACUCCCUCUACAAGCUGGGAGACCUGGAGCGCGCCUUGGAGUCCACCAAGAAGAUCCUGGAGCUCGAUCCGCAAAACCAACGAGCCAAAGACGGUCUCAAGUACUAUGAGCACGAACUGGCCAAUCCCAAGAGCGACAAGGCCGUGCCGGUGACCCAGCGGGUGCGCCCCACUUCCUACAACGCCAGCACGUACAAGCGGCUGUGUCGCGGCGACAAUGUGGAGUUGACGGCGCUCAAACAGAGCCGCCUCUUUUGCCGUUACUAUGACAACCAGCGCCAUCCCAACCUGCUGCUGGCUCCCGCCAAAGAGGAGGAGCUGUGGGACUUCCCCCGCGUGGUCCGCUAUUACGACAUAGCGUCGGACGACGACAUGGAGCGAAUCAAAGAGAUGGCCAGGCCCACGCUCUCGCGCUCCCAAGUGAGGAACAACGCCAACAACUCCAACCAAGCAUCGCGAGUGAGAAUCUCUCAGAACACCUGGCUGGGCAACUACCAGUCCCCAUUGCUGACCAAGCUGAUCAACAGAGCGGGUUACAUCACCGGCCUGGACAUGACCACCGCAGAGUCCAUGCAGGUGGCCAACUACGGCGUGGGCGGACUCUACGAACCCCAUAUUGACUUUCAAGGGAAAGAAGUGGCCAACCCGUACCCAGAUUUGGGAACCGGAAACCGAAUCGCCACCUGGAUGCUUUAUUUAAGCAACGUGGAGGCAGGGGGCGCCACCGUCUUCCCCAAAGUGGGCGCCGUCGCCUGGCCAAUCAAGGGCUCGGCCGUGUUCUGGUACAAUCUUCACCCCAACGGAGAGGGAGACUAUUACACCCAGCACGCUGCCUGUCCCGUCCUGGUGGGAAGCAAGUGGGUGGCCAACACGUGGCUGCACGAGCGAGGUCAGGAGUUCAGGAGGCGCUGCGAUCUGCUAAGUCCGGCUGAGCUCGACGCGCUGGAAUGAUGGGUAGCCACGUUGCCAUGACAACCGUCGUAGCAACGGCGAGCUCAGCUUCAGCAAGUCAAACGUGGCAUCAUCAUAAGAUAUGAAUGAAGCAUAUCAACGUAAAUGUAAGAACAAAAGUGUUGCGGGGGGAAAAAAGAAUUUUGGAACUGUCGCCUAAUUUCACUCUGAGAUGAUGAAUUGGAUAUGGCUGGUGAUAUGAUUUCCUUUGCUACUGCAUGUUUGUGGCUGUCAGCUCUUCAUUAAGAUUCCGAAAGAGGCGUCGCUUUCUUGACCA